UUUUUUACAGUAAUAAACCUUUUAUAAAAUCCAGCUCUGGUAGCGAUUGAACAGAAGGAGAUAGAUUUCAUUCUAUCCGCUUAUCGUUUGUCCCAAUCCGAUCCAGUUCUCCGUUCUCGUCGGAUUCGAUGGCGGCGAGCGAGGUAGAAUGGGAGCGUUGCUGCUGCGCAUCGAUUGCAUCAGGCGAAUUCUAGGGUUUUAGAUUGUGGUGUCGUGGGAUUGAGGUGGAGUGGGUAGGAGGGUGUGGAGAAGAUGAUCUCUGCGGGGCUUAAUCUUGUGAUGACGGUUAUUGGAUUUGCGGUGAGUACGAUGUUCAUCGUAUUCGUAUGCACGAGGCUUAUCUGUGCUAGAAUCCAACUACAGGCGUCGAGGAGGUCAUUCCCUGCGGCUUCCGCUUAUGAUCUAAGCAUCAUGGAGCGUGGGGUUCAUGGGCUUGAGCCUGUUGUGGUGUCAAGUUUUCCUACAAAGUUUGUUGACCAGUUCGCACAUGGACAAGAU